AUGCUAGCACCGCCUCACAGACCUAAACGACCCAGAUCACCUUCCCCAACUCUAGAACCAGAUCUCGCUUCUCCAUUGGAUGUGAUAUUGAAACGAAGACGAAGGCAAGAUCUGUCGUUCUCAUCUCCAGGUGAGGCAGGAAAUUUCGAAUCAACUCAUGGUGAUGGAGAACAUCAUGAUUACUUCGAUAUUCCUGCUUCUGGCCAUGGUAAUGGCCAAGUCAAUCAACAAGAGCGGAACCACGCUGAAUCAAGCUCGAGUGCGAUUAGAAGAUCGAUGGCUGGGAUAGAAAGGAGGAGAACCAAACAAUGGGAGAAGUUGAAUGCUCCUCAUUCUCUACCUUCACCUCAUUCCCCUUUUCAUUCUCAUUCUCAUUUGGAUUCCUGUUCAAAUCCAACGUCAACUUCGUUCUCUCAACCUACGCCACCCCAUACACAAUUAUCGACCAAUAACACACCAAAUUUCAGAAAUGCUUAUUCACAAAACGAUGUCAUGUCUUCUUCACCUAUCAGAAACAUACCACCGUCAAGUUCGCCUUUCAAAGAAAAAGAAAAAGAAAAAGAAAAACAUAGAAAUGGUGAUUGGAAUGCGGAUGAUUCACAAGGCGAAGUCGAGGAAGAUAUGGAUGAAGCAGAGAUGAGAAAGGAAUGGGGUCAGGAGUACGAAAAACAGAAUUGGUUACUACAUAGCUUGCAUGUCGCAAAACUACAUUCUCAGCCCCAUCCUGUUCCUACACAAACGCAACUGCAACCGCAACAUCUUACAGAUCAUAUGGAUUUCUGUCAAAUCCAGUCCACUCAAUCGACAGAUAGUGGUUCUACCUUAAUUCCAGAUUCGACGUUGGUUUCACCUCAUCCAGCAUAUAGGAAUCAUCCUUCGAAUCCUGAUUCGUCACCCUUCAAUUCCCAUCAUCCAUCUGUCCAACUUCGUUCACCGUCUUACAUGGAUGGAAUGGUCGAGGAUGAAGAUAUGGAAGUUAUAGAUGACGAUCCCGGCGGAAUGGAUAAAGAGAUCAAAAGAAGGUAUGAGGAAACUAAUAGGCUACUAGGUGAAUUAGAGGUUGUGAGGCGACGUAGGUGGGGUUGA